CCCCCAUAGCUAGAAUCGUUCUGAUUGGUCUGCUCUGCCAGUUGGCUGAUUUGAGGUUAUGUCAUGUGAUUGUCAUUUGAAAAGUGGAUCAACAACAAUAAAUAAUUUUGUAUUUUCUGUUAAUACUUAAUAUAAAUAUGGAGACAAUGAAUGAUGAUAAACCUCGUGUAAUAUUAGAGGAAUACAAAGUUGUCCAGAACUUACCUCGUGGGUCAACCGUUUUUACGGAACAAUUCAACAGCAAAAACUUCAAAAAGAACUUCAGGAUAGUGAUAAUUCGAAAGGAAAACUAUGAAAUGGAAUUUGAUAUGAUAGGAAUACACCCCUUCCUAGCCAACACCUUCAGAAGACUUAUGUUGAGUGAUGUUCCUACUAUGGCAAUUGAGAAAGUUCAUAUUCACAAUAAUACUUCUAUAAUUCAAGAUGAGGUGUUAGCCCAUAGAUUGGGGUUGAUACCCCUGAGAGCUGAUCCUAGGUUAUUUGAAUUCAAGACAAGCAGCAAUGAGGCAAAUACAGAGCAUAACUCACUGGAAUUUGAAUUGAAAAUAAAAUGUAGUGUCAACAAGGAAGCCAACAAGAAAGAUUCCUCUAGAGUAGAAGAUAUGUAUAAAAAUAAUAAUGUUUAUUCCAAACAUAUUAAAUGGUUACCAACAGCAUCUCAAAAAGAAAAUCUGCAAGACUCAAAUGUUGGGCCAAUAGAUCCUGAUAUAUUGAUUGCAAAAAUGAGACCUGGGCAUGAAAUGGAUAUGAAACUUUUUGCAGUUAAGGGCUGUGGACGAGACCAUGCAAAAUUCUCCCCAGUAGCUACUGCCUUCUACAGACUUCUUCCUGACAUAAAAAUCAUAAAAGAAGUGGAAGGAGAGGCUGCCUAUAGACUCCAAAAAUGUUUUUCUCCUGGAGUUAUAACUAUCAGAAAUGAACCAAGUGGUAAAAAAAUUGCUGUAGUCAAUGAUGCACGGUAUGACACCAGCAGUAGAAAUGUUUUCAGAUAUGAUGACCUCAAAAAUUGUGUUGUGAUGAGCAAAAUUCAAGAUCAUUUCAUAUUUACAAUUGAAUCAGUUGGAGCUCUACAACCAGAUGUAAUUUUCAAGGAAGCAGUGAGGAUUCUUAGAGAUAAAUGCACUUCUCUACUAGAUGAACUUAAUUUGUCCUGAAUGAUCAGAAAUACAAUGUUUAUAUUUUGGAGGCCAAUUUUAAUGUCAAAUAUUAUUUUUCAGUUUCUUUGAUAGGUACUGUUUUACUGGAAAUAUUAAAUGAGAUCAAAGAACACACCUAAUAGCCAAAACUAAUUGACAGAGU